AUGCCAUUCCUUCACUACUUUUGCCAUCUCCAUCUCCUCCUCCUCUCCUUCCAUGCCGACACCGCCUUCUCCGCCCGUUGCGCCACCUCCACGGCCAAGAAAGAGUUCCAAAAAUGCAUGACUCUCCCCACACAACAAGCUUCAAUAGCAUGGACUUUCCACCCUAGUAAUGCCACCUUAGACCUUGUGUUCUUUGGCACCUUCAUUUCACCUUCCGGAUGGGUUGCACUAGGCAUCAACCCGACAUCAGCCGAGAUGACUGGGACACGUGCCCUAAUCGCCUUUUCGGAUCCAAAUUCCGGUCAGUUAGUCCUCCUUCCCUACAUCCUAGACACUACAGUCAAGCUCCAGAAGACGCCCCUCGUCUCCCAACCUUUGGACAUCCAUCUCCUGUCGUCCUCAGCUGCCCUCUAUGGUGGCAAGCUAGCCACCAUCCACAAUGGCGCUGCGGUCCAAAUCUUCGCAACGUUGAGGCUCGAACCGAACCACACCAAGGUCCAUUUCGUGUGGAACAGGGGACUAUAUGUCCAGGGCUACUCCCCAACCAUCCACCCCACAACUUCAAACGACCUUUCCUCCAUCUCCACAAUCAACAUUCUCUCGGGAUUCACCUCAUCGCAAAUCGUACACAACACCAAGACGCUCAAAAUGGUUCAUGGGAUCAUGAAUGCCAUCUCGUGGGGUGUGAUGCUUCCUUCCGGGGCAGUCACAGCUCGAUACUUCCGCCACAUCCAGUCCCUCGGACCAGCGUGGUUCUAUAUCCAUGCUGGGGUGCAGCUCUCCGCCUUCUUUCUAGGGACCGUGGGCUUCGCCAUCGGGCUCAAGCUAGGGAAUUCAUCCCCCGGGGUGACCUAUGGCCUCCACCGAAAGCUAGGGAUCGCGGCGUUCUGCCUUGGAGGACUGCAGACACUGGCACUGCUGUUCCGGCCCAAGACCACCAACAAGUACAGGAAGUACUGGAAGUCCUACCACCAUUUUGUAGGGUAUGCUUGUGUGGUGAUUGGGGUGGUGAAUGUGUUUGAAGGGUUUGAGGUCAUGGGAGCUGGAGGGUCUUAUGGGAAGUUAGCAUACUGCUUGUGUUUGUCAACCCUGAUAGGAGCUUGCAUUGCUUUGGAGGUCAACUCGUGGGUGAUCUUCUGCAGGAAGUCUAAAGAAGACAAAUUGAGAAGAGAAGGGAUCAUCUCUGAUAAAGGGAGUACCGAUCUAAUCCAUAAUAGCUAA